AUGCCGAACCUCGAGUGCCGGAUGUACGAGCCGCGGUUCCCGGAGGUGGACGCCGCGGUGAUGAUCCAGGUCAAGCACAUCGCCGACAUGGGCGCCUACGUCUCCCUCCUCGAGUACAACAACGUCGAGGGCAUGAUCCUCUUCUCCGAGCUCUCCCGCCGUCGCAUCCGCUCCAUCUCCUCGCUCAUCAAGGUCGGCCGCCAGGAGCCCGCCAUCGUGCUCCGUGUCGACCGCGACAAGGGAUACAUCGACCUCUCCAAGCGCCGGGUCUCCGAGGAGGAGGCGCGGUCCUGCGAGGACAGGUACAACAAGUCCAAGCUCGUGCACUCCAUCAUGCGCCACGUUGCAGAGACCCUCGAGAUCGACCUCGAGCCCAUCUACCAGCGCAUCGGCUGGCCGCUCUACCGCAAGUACGGCCACGCCUUCGAGGCCUUCAAGCUCAUAGUCGCCGACCCCGACGCCAUCCUCGAUGUGCUCACCUACGAGGAGAAGGAGACUGGCCCUGACUGCCAAGAGGUGACUAAGGUGGUGCCUGCUGUCACCCCUGAGAUUAAGGAGACCCUGGUCCAGAAUAUACGGAGGAGAAUGACACCGCAGCCACUCAAGAUCCGUGCUGACGUCGAGAUGAAAUGUUUCCAAUUUGAUGGGGUGCUCCAUAUUAAGCAAGCCAUGAGGAAAGCUGAAGCUGCUGGGAACACUAAUUGUCCUGUGAAGAUUAAGCUGGUUGCUCCUCCACUUUAUGUUCUGACUACACAAACUCUCGACAAGGACCAAGGCAUCUCAGUUCUCACUGAUGCAGUUAAAGCGUGCACAGCAGAGAUUGAAAAACACAAGGGAAAGUUGGUAGUGAAAGAAGCACCUAGAGCUGUGAGUGAGAGGGAAGAUAAGCUAUUGAACGCCCAGUUGGAUACCCUGGUUGAGCAAAACGCGGAGGUUGCUGGUGAUGAUGACAGUGAAGAUGAGGAAGAUACAGGAAUGGGCGAUAUCGACCUCACAAAUUCUGGCGUCCAUGCGGACUGA